AUGCCAUUCCUCCCACUUGAAGUAGUUCCAAAGUUGCACUGGGUUGGUGUUAUGGAUUAUGACCUCAGAGUCUUUGAUAUCAUCAUGACAACACCAUUUGGCACAUCAUACAACUCAUUCCUCUUGCAGACUGCAAAGGGUAACGUCCUCUUCGAGACUUGCAAAGAGAACUUUGCUGCGGAGUGCCUUGAGCGAAUAGAGCAUGUCAUUGGCAAAGAAGGGAAGAUCGACUAUAUUGUCCUCAACCACACCGAACCAGAUCACUCGGGGUCACUUGUCCACAUUCUUGCAAAGUAUCCUGAAGCCACUGUCAUUGCAACACCAGCUGCUUUGAAUAAUGUGAAGUACAUUGGACACAUCAAGGAAGACACAAAGACGCUCUCUGCACCAAAGAUAAAGACACUCGACUUGGGAGACAUCCACCUUAAGUUCAUCAUCCAGCCAUUCUUGCACUGGCCAGACACAAUGAUGACUGUCAUCGAAGAGCUCAAAGUGUUGGUCACAUGCGAUGUCUUUGGUGGGCAUUGUGCUGAUGACCGUGUCUUCAACGACAAGAUGAUGGACAGAAUUGCUGAUAUGGAUGAGGCGUACAAGCAUUACUUCGACUGCAUCUUUGGUCCAUUCAAGCCAUACGUCUUGAAAGGAAUCAACUUGAUAGAGACACAGAUGGGAUUCCCAGUCGAGGAACUCAAGGCAGUCUGCUGCAGCCAUGGCCCAGUUCUGAGAACAAACAUCAAAGAGAACAUCGAGAGAUACAGACAAUGGGCACAACCCCAAGUCCUCAAGAACAAAGUUGUGAUUGCUUAUGGCAGUGCUUAUGGAUACACAAAACACAUGGCAGAAAAGAUAGCAGAAGGCGUCAAGUCUGUUGGUGUCGAGGUCUCCAUCCACGACA